GACUUCCUCCCUUCGCGGCAGUUGGAGGCAUGGACGCCGGCCGUGAGAAGGGCGGAGGCAAAACCAUCAUACUCAAGAAAUACGAGCUGUGCCGCCUCUUGGGCCGCGGCAGCUUCGCCAAAGUAUACCACGGCCGCCGUCUAGAAGACAACGCCGAUGUCGCCGUCAAGGUUAUAGACAAGAAAGCCACCGUGGCUGCGGUGGAGCCGUAUAUUCUCCGCGAAAUCUUGGCCAUGCGGCGGCUGAACCACCACCCCAACAUCGUAAAACUCCACGAAGUCAUGGCCACGAAGACGAAAAUCUACCUCGUCAUGGAACUCGCCAAGGGCGGCGAUCUCUUAACCAAGCUUGGCGGCGGCCGGUUCGACAACUCCACGGCCCGCCGGUAUUUCCGGGAGCUGAUCUCCGCCCUGAGUUUCUGCCACCAGAACGGCGUCGCCCACCGCGACAUCAAACCCCAAAACCUACUCCUCGACGGCGACGGCAACCUCAAGAUCUCCGACUUCGGCCUCUCCGCCCUACUAUCCGAACACCUCAAAGACGUCUUCCUGGAAACCACGUGCGGCACGCUGGAGUACACGGCGCCGGAGGUGAUGACCAGACAACGAUACGACGGCGCCAAGGCGGAUGCGUGGUCGUGCGGGGUCCUCCUCUUCGAAUUCCUCGCCGGCCGCCGCCCCUUCGAGGGCCGCAACACGUCAGAGAUGUUCCGCGCAAUUAGCCGCCGUGAAUUCCGAUUCCCGUCCGCCGCUUCAAAGCCUGCCCGGAAAAUAAUUCACCGGCUGCUCGACCCCGAUCCCGUAACAAGACCCACCAUUGAAGAACUGAUGAUCAAGCACCCCUGGUUCAAGAAAUCAUCACCGCCGGCGCUAGAACAAGUAGCAUUACCUGAUCAUAAAGAAUGCAAAAACAUUAGAACAAUGAAUGCAUUCGACAUAAUCUCGAUGUCAUCUGGACUGGAUUUGUCAGGGCUAUUUGAGGCGGAGAUGAAAGAGAAACGAAUGAGAUUCACUUUGACUGCAGAGGUCGGAGAGAUUGAGGAGAGAGUAAAGAAAAUGGGGUUUGGAGUGGAGAGAGGGAAGGGUGGAGAAAUCUGCAGACUUGUCAAAGGGGGAGUAGUGUUAAUCUUGGAAAUUCUUCGAGUGUCAACAGAGAUUUGGUUAGGGGAGAUUAAGGUCGUCAAUGGAGGAAAGGAAUUCGAGGAGUUUAAGGUUGGGUUGACAGACAUUGUUUCAUGGCACAGUGAUGGAGCUCUACAGUGACAUGCAGACAUAUAUUCAUCUGAAUCUGGAAACUGUAUAAUUUUGUUUUUUAAAAGGAAAAAAUGUCAAAUAGACUAUGAAGUAC